GGAAAAAAUAGUGGUUCCCUACGUCUCUAAUUUUUCGAUUAUAUAGUUAAAAAUUUACAUUUAUUUAAGUGUUUAUCUCAUCCUAAAUAGUUAUAGCAAUAAUAGAAGUAAGAAUUGUGUGUUUUUUCUCGUAGAAAUUGUGAAAUGCCUUUGGAUCAAUAGCAUGAUAUACAAUAGUGAAAUGACUGUUUCCCCUCUUGCUCAAUAAUUAGUGAUUGUUUGAAUGGUGAUAGAGUUCGUCGAAUAAUUUUAUUAUUCGUCAUUAUUCUAAGGAGUAUUAUCGUGGAAAUAGCGUAGGAUAAUGAAUUCCAAUAACCACAACCCACAUCGCAGAAACUCUUCUAAUUUCAACAGACACAACAACAAUCAUCCAAAUCGCUCUAACCAUCCAAUUAACCAUCCUCAUAACCACCAAAAAUGGCCAGGCAGAUACCCCAAGGAAUAUAAUAGAGAGUAUGAAACUAAUUUUAAUAGACGUGAAUGUCUUGUUGCUCCUAAUGGCAGUCCUAAAGAGCCAAAUCACUUGCAUAGCUACCCAAAGAACCCCCAGCUGAGUCCAGGGGCCAGGAACAACCUUCCACAUUACAACAACGAAGCUUCAGGACAUCAACACCAAACCCUACGUGUCGUAUCAAUGCCUAUCGGACACGGUGCGAAUGCCGGAGGACAGAGUUUCCACCCUAAUCCUGGCGUUCCGGUAGGAAGCACCGGAGAUCGUCGCCACAUUCCCAGCUUGGUUGAUAGACGUCACAUCUCUCCACCUCUGCAUAUCAACAUCUGCGAAAACGGUAAUGGCAUGAUGAAUAUGAACACACCCCCAACUGAAGGUCUACCGAUGCACCCAAGAGCCAUGAUGGACUUUUCUCACGGAAGAAGGAGACACGGGAUAGAUAUGCGGAUGAGCCCUGUUCAUUUCCAGCAGCAUUCUCCGCCAUAUUAUCGGCAGUCCAGUGAUGAGUACAUCAAAAGUGAAAGUCCAUCUUGCAAACGCAGACGUUUGUCCCGCUCCGGUCAUCAUAUCGACUUAAAUGUACAGCCUCCUUCACCACCUCGCAGGUCUCCCCGGCAACAUCCUCCAUCCACUUCACAUCCUCCAAUGCAGGUCCCAGUGACAAUUCCAAUGAACCACGAAGCAGUUUGGAGCUACACCACAACCCCACACGUGUCUCUAUGCACAGUUCCACCGAGCGCACCGCCUCACAUGCACAACUGUCAUUUACAUAAUGUAUACGCCGCUGUACCGCCGCUAGUACCACAACAAUUCCCACCCGGCUGUCUCCCCCAUCAGACUUUCGCCACAUUCGGACCUCCAGCACCCAGCGCAGUUCCUGUGCCGCCUCAGCAUUACUCUCAUCAACGUAUUCCUCCACAGAGACCUGACACAUUUGAACUAGAUCUGCUCAAUGAACAUCACCAUCAUGCUCACACUCAUUCCGCCAUUCAUGGGGCAUCUUCCCUUCAUGUACCGCCCAUUCAGAUGUCUUCGCCGGCUUCUCUGUUUCUGUCGACAGAGACUCGAGGUGCUUCUCCGUUGGAUAUUCUACACGCUAGUCGCACACGUCAGCACAGAAAUGCCCGUUUGCUGUCUCAAAGGACCCGUUGGCAUCACAGUCCUCCGCUCAUUGCCGCUCCCGCUGGAUUUUUACUACAUUUCUUUACAAUGUUUUCAAACUCGCCAAUGUCUCCAUUCAGCCAAAGCAGCUCAGACACUACUGAAACUGAAAAUUACGAAGCCCUUCUCAACCUCGCCGAGCAGCUGGGCGAAGUUAUCCCUAGAGGUCUCAGCAAGCUUGAGAUUGAGCAACUCAUCAGCUACAAAUACGAUGCCGAGACACACGAAGGCGACCAGACGUCCUGCGUAGUCUGCAUGUGCGACUUCGAAGCUCGGCAAGUGCUCAGGGUUUUGCCAUGCUCACACGAAUUCCACGCCAAAUGUAUUGAUAAGUGGUUAAGGUCAAACAGAACCUGCCCCAUCUGCAGAGGAGAUGCUUCAGAAUAUUUCACGAAUAGCGAAUAGAAUGUUUUGCCUUUUUCACACAAAUUACCACUUCUAUAUAUUUUCAAGACAAAAUAAAUAUCACCAAUUGCAACGCUUUAAGAGUAAUUUUCGUGUCAGGUGCCAUUAGUUGCCAGUAAUCCUAGAGUAAAUGUCUUUUAUUUUCUAUUAAUAAUAUUAAUAUUACUUACUUAGUGUUGUUAAUUUUUAAGAAUGCAG